UUUUCCCUCCCCCCUGAGCAAAUCCUCCUUCCUUGUGCCACCGAUUUCUCUCACAGAGAGAGAGAGAGAGAGAGAGAGGGAUUGAAAGCAGACUAUUUUGGCUAAAUAGCUUCCCCCACUUCUCUCUCCCUCUCCGGUGAAGCUUCUCGGUUGUCAACUAAUCUCAGAAGAAUGGGAAGUAAUGGUGCAGAUGCAAUUCCUAGGAUUGAUGAGGCUGGAGGUUCUGAACCUACAAUUGAAAUAAAAAUAAAAACAUUGGAUUCUCAAACAUAUACUCUGAGAGUUGAUAAACAGGUGCCAGUUCCUGCUUUAAAAGAGCAGAUUGCUUCCAUCACUGGUGUGUUGUCAGAGCAGCAACGCCUAAUAUGCCGAGGAAAGGUUCUAAAGGAUGAUCAACUCCUCUCUGCCUAUCAUGUUGAAGAUGGUCAUACCUUACAUCUUGUUGUUCGACAGCCCUUUCCACCAUCAUCUGAGGGUUUAUCCAAUCAUGCAGCAACUGAUCCUGCUUCAACUACAAGCCAUGGCCACAGUAAUCAGGUACCUCCUGGUUUUGUUAUUGAAACUUUCAUGCCUGUUCAGGGUGAAGGAGUUCCUCCAGAAAUCAAUCGGAUUAUCUCUGCAGUUCUGGGCUCUAUUGGAUUUUCAAACAUUGUAAGUGGCAGUGAAGGGGCUGAUGCCAGGGAGCAUGACACACAAAAUCCUUCCCAGUUUCAACUCGAAGAGGCUGGCGUGAGGGGUCCAUCAGAUAGAUCUCACAGUGCUUACGGAAUUCCAUCAGCAGUUUCUUUGGGGCAUCUGCAGGCCCCUGUGAUUCCCGGUUCUUUGACUACGCUAUCCCAAAAUCUAAGUCAUUUGAGGCAUGAAUUUGAUGCCAUUGUGGCAGGCAGAGGCGGUGGAGACAAUGCUCAGGCAACUGCCACCCAUGAGAUUGGAGAGAGAGGUACUAAUUCCACACUGCACACUGGCACUGUACAAGAAGGAUUUCCAACACCAGCAUCCUUGGCAGAAAUCAUGCUCUCUACCAGGCAAAUGCUCAUUGAACAUGCAGGAGAAUGCCUACUCCAACUUGCUGGGCAACUAGAGGAUCAAGUGAAUGUGACUGAUCCCUCUGUGCGAUUAAGCACUCAAUCUAGUGCAAUGAGAACUGGCAUUCUAUUUCAUAAUCUAGGUGCAUUUCUACUAGAACUUGGUCGUACAACCAUGACACUGCGUCUGGGUGAAACACCGUCAGAAGCCAUUGUUAAUGCUGGACCUGCAGUUUUCAUAAACCCAUCUGGUCCUAAUCCUAUCAUGGUUCAGCCUCUUCCUUUUCAACCGGGGACAAGCAUGGGUGCCAUUCCUAUGGGAGCUGUGCAGCCAGGUUCUGGUUUGGUUAAUGGACUUGGUACUGGCUUUGUUCCAAGGCGUAUUGAUAUACAAAUACGCAGAGGUUCUUCAAUAAGCACGCCAAAUAGUAAUCAAGAGUUGCGUAGUGAUACUCAGCAGCCCUCUGGGCACAGAAACUCAGAAACAAGUUCUGGUGUUGAAAACCUUACUACUACGAGGACUUCAAGGGUCUCAGAGGGUUCAUCUUUUGCUGGAGAGGCUGGAGUACGGAUGGUACCAGUUAGGACCAUGGUUGCAGCUGUCCCUGGUCCGUUCAGUCACCUACCUGCAGAUUCGUCCGGUAAUUCGAUAGGUUUGUACUAUCCAGUUCUUGGAAGAUUUCAACAUGUGGCGUCUGGACAUGCGAAUGGUGAACAAGGAUCUCAAGCAUCUGGUGAGCGGCCGACUGAUUCAGUAGUACAACAGCAUAACAUAGAUGGUCCUGCAAGAGAUGGAUCAUUGCCAACACCCAAUCUAAGACAACAGGAGCCAUCUAAUGCACGCAGUGUAAGUAUCAACAUUCUGUCAGCUGGUGGAACCCACAACAACCAGGAUUCUGAUAGACAGCUCCCGAGCAGUGUUAUGCAGUUUUUAAGGAACCUCUUUCCUGGUGGGGAAAUUCAUGUUGAGGAAGCCAGUCCACCGGGAACAAUUCGAGAUCCUGUCCCAGAGAAUGAGGGGACAUCUAACGGUGUUGCAACGGCAACUGAAGCAGAACCAAGAGUGAGCGAUGAAGGAAUAUUUUUGUCUAAUUUGCUUCAUCAGAUCAUGCCCUUGAUAUCUCAACAAGCAAGUGUAGAACCAGAUACAAGACUUAUGGAAGAAGCAAACUCUUCUGAGAGUAUAAUGCCUUGCGAUUCUUUAACUCAGGCUAACUCUGGUGUUGGGCCAUCUCGGCGACCAAGUGAUGAUGGUGAAACAAGUCCUCCAGAUUCAAAACGCCAAAAGACACAGUGAUUUUUAGUGAGAUUGAGGAUGCUACCUGUAGUUGUGAGUCCAUGAUCCAUGAGACCAAAAAGAAAAAAGCAGCAUCAUCAUAUUGGUCACUGUAGUUUAUUGGUUUUAUUUUUGAUUUUUUUUUCUUGUCAAAAUUCAUGUUAGUCAAGAGAGAGUUAUAGGAUAAACUGUUUUUCUUUUGCUGUAUUACAUUUUAGUGUUGUAAAACUUGCAAAUUAUAAUUUUUAUUUCCUAUAGUGCUAUCGGUCUUGAAUUUCCUUUUUUCAA